AUGUCGGCUACAAGCCUAACACGCCCCCGCAGCGGUGGCCGCACUUCAUCGCGGAAUUGCCGCCGUCCGCCACCAAGUGGCAGUGGCAUCGCCAACUCCACCGUCGGCGCGCUCGGCUUCUUCGCGCUGAUCUGGUCUACCACCUCGCCUCUCUCGUCGGCAUCCGCGCCAGCAUCGCCGCGGCCGCUCGCGACCUCGAGCUCCUCCGCGCCUUCCCUUCGCUUCGCCGAAUCCCGCCGCAGCACCGACGAGCUCGCCAACACCUGGGUCGACCGGGUCCGCCAUGUCGGCUUCGAUCUCGAGGACGGCGUGGACGAGUACUCCUUCCUCCUCGCUGGCAAAGGCGUCCGUGCCUGCGCUGACGUGGCCGCCUGGUUCGCCCUCGCCAGUCGCCUGCGGAAGGCGAGGGAGCAGCUCCGCGCGCUCUCGGCGGCCAAGGAGCAGUACGGCAUCCGGCUGGCCGCCGCCUCUCCUGCUGCUGAUGGGAAUUUUCAUUGGAAUCUAUCGGAGGCCGCGCACUUUGCAGAGGAGAAAGAAAUCGUCGGUUUUGAGGCGCACAAGAGAUCACUGAUGAAAUGGCUAACCGGAGACGCCGACCCCAGGCGGACCAUAGUCACCGUCUGCGGGAUGGGCGGCGUCGGGAAGACCACCCUCGCCACAAACGUGUACACCAAAGUCGCCGCCACCGGCCACUUCGACUGCGCCGCGUGGGUGCCCGUCUCCAGGAACUUCACCACGCACGACCUCCUAAGGAGAAUCCUCAGGGAGCUUCACCGGGCUGGCACCAGCGUGAAACAGGACGUGGACGACAUGGACUACCGGUCUCUGGUCGAUGCUCUGCGCGGGCAUCUCGCUCGCAAGAGGUUCUUCCUUUUGCUGGAUGAUGUCUGGGAUGCGGCUGCCUGGUUCCACCUCCGCACUGCAUUGCCUGAUAGUGCAAACGGGAGCAGAAUCGUCAUCACCACACGCAGUCGAGAGGUGGCUGCUCUGAGAUCGACCAAUAGGACCAUCAUGAUGGAACCGCUCCCCGAGCAGGAAGCAUGGUCCUUGUUUUGCAGCACCGCUUUCAGGGAAGAUGUGGACCGCGGGUGCCCGCAUCGUCUGCGUCACUGGGCUUCCAAGAUACUCGAUAGAUGCUAUGGCCUGCCAUUGGCGAUAGUAUCGCUUGGAAACCUCAUGGCGUUGAAGGACAAGACAGAGUUUGCGUGGAAGAACGUCUAUGAUAGCCUUGCAUGGGAUGGACAAGAUCACGGAAUCGGGCAAGUGUCGACGAUACUGAAUUUCAGUAUUGAUGACCUGCCGUACCAUCUCAAGAGAUGUUUCCUCUACUGCAGUAUCUACCCUGAAGAUAUGCUUAUCAAAAGGAAGAUUCUAAUCAGAGAGUGGAUCGCACAAGGUUUGAUUGAGGAAAGAGGGCAGCGCACCAUGGAGGAGGUCGCAGACGGCUAUGUGGACGAGCUAGUGCAACGCAACUUGUUGCUUGUUGCUUUGAAAAACGAGUAUGGACGUGCAAAGCGAUGCCUCAUCCAUGACCUCACCCGGGAGGUAAUUGUGCAUAGGUCAAGAGAUGACAGAUUCUUUCAGAUAUCUGGCAGUACAACCAGCGUGGACUCAAAAACCAAACAAACCCGUUAUCUUACACUCGACAGGUGCAAUGGUGACUAUCAUCAGUCCACUCCAAACAUGCCCUCACUCCGCUCCUUGUACGUGUUGAAAUCCGAGUUCCAUGCUUCACUCCUCUCUGGUCUCAGAUUGUUAACUGUGCUAAAUCUCUGGUUCAUUAAGAUAAGUAAACUCCCAGGUGCAGUCACCGACCUUCGUAAUCUGCGGUACCUUGGCAUACGUUCCACCUACAUUGAAGAGCUACCAAAAGAAUUGGGGAAAUUGCAUAACCUACAAACAUUAGAUGCCAAAUGGUCCAUGAUCAAGACACUGCCAAGCACCAUAACAAAACUGAAGAACUUGCGGCACCUGAUACUGUUUACGCGUGGAAGUCCAUACUUUUCCUUCCCAGCACCUGGUACAUCAAUUGUACUUCCGGAUGGCCUUCAGAACUUGAAAUGCUUGCAGACUCUUAAAUACGUGCGAGCUGACCAGAAGAUGGUCAGAUCUUUGGCAAUCUUGAAACAGAUGAGGAGCCUAGAGUUAUUUGGUGUGGACGAAAGAAUUCUUGCGGAUUUACCAUCAGCACUAUCCAAAAUGAGCUGCCUUGUGCGCUUGGGAAUAGACAGUUCUGAUUCUAAUGUAACAUUGGACUUGGAGCCCUUUUCUCCACCACCGGUGAAACUAAAAACAUUCACCAUAAUUGGGAAGUUGACAAGGGGUAUGUUACCGUCAUGGUUCAGUUCCCUUACCAACCUCGUACAAUUGUAUUUGCGUUCGUCUGAACUCAGAGAAGAUUCAGUUGGAAUACUCUCGUCUCUCCCUAGGCUGUUACAUCUCAGUCUCGUUGAUGCACAUACAGUGAGAAGCUUGACCUUUGCAGCCGGUUGCUUUCCUGUACUCAGAGAACUAAGCUUGCAGGGCUUGCCUAAUCUUACCCGCAUUGAGUUUCAAAAGGAGAGCCUUGCAUGUCUGCGUUUGCUGAUGCUUGGACGAUGCCCUCAACUGGCUGACGUACCCAAAAGCAUCAAGAACCUCAUGCAUCUGGAAAAUUUAGAGCUUUUUGAAAUGCCAAGUGAGUUCGCAGAAAUGAUGCCGGAUGAUGGGGGGAAUCAUCCAGAUGAUCAGCACAUUACAGUUGUCAAGAACAUCUUCUCCCGUAGUGGACGAUUUUUCGAAAAGAAGUUUCACACCAACCUAUCUAAUGUUCAAGAGCCAUCAAAGACGGAUGUAUUUGUUGAUGGUAAUCUUGUUGACCGCUGCAUGUCGGUAAGACUGAAAGUCAGCCGAUGGCAGUCUACCUACAAAUAUUAGGCAUGUAUGUAGACAUAGCAUUUCUUUUUCUACAAAAGUACGGUUUGAAGUUUAACUAUAACAGUUCAAGAAAUUAGCAGUAGCAGCAGCUAGCUAGCUAGGGAUCAAGUAGUACAUGUCGGUAUGCCUUAUUACUGGUUGUGCAAUGGUAAAAGACAGCAAAAUGAGCUGUCAGAGUAGAACUAGUUAUAGAAAUAUUUGUGCUAGAGUCUGUUUAGAUUCAUACGAAAGGAGAUGUAAACAUCCAUUGUAAUCUAAGAUUGUAGUAACACUUCUACCUAAUCA